AUGUCCGUAUACAGUGGCUUUGGGACUCGAUCCCUUGAGACUUCCUAUAAUGCUCUCCUCUUCAGACUUCUUCACGCAUGACAGUCUAAGGUGAAGCAAUGCAUGCUAAUCAUUGAUAAUUUUGCAAAAAUUACUGAGCAUCAGCAUGAGAAUUUAGAGAAAAUGGCAUUUUAACGAUAAUUUCUGAAUUUUAUUUAUGAAAUUAUAUAAGAAAGUGAUAGACCUCGAGAAGACCAAGUACCUUCCUCCCAAGUUCUCAUUAAGCGUAAAAGAUUUGGUAGCUUUUAUAUCCACUGAUUCCAACCUUGAUCUAAGCAAUGGCUUGGACAGCAUUGAGGAAGAGCAAAGUAUAGAGAUCAUCAAGAAAACUAGUGUUACAUUUGAUCAUCAAGUUACAGAAUUGGAAGACCUUAAUAAGUUACACCAAAGUUAUAGAGAGAAAAUAGGGACUCAUUUUGAAAGAAAUAAGGAAUUGUCACCAAGUGUUGAAAAUAAAACUGGUCUAAAAGUCAAGAAAAUCCUUAAAUUUCCAUGAUUAGGUGAUUUUCCUAAAUCUUUCGACAAAUCUAACCAAAAUCCUCCAAAAAACUCCUCAAAAAUCACCCAAAAGGGCCUUCACAGAUCCACCCAUUUCUCGCCUCAAAGACCUCAAAUUCCAAAAAUUCCUUCACACAGCCCAUCUCCACACCCCCUUGCACCCUCUCCCACCCCUCUAACCUCCACUACUCCCCCAAUCCCAGCCCCUUCCUCCCCUCCUAGCCACACCCACAUCCUCUCCGACCACAUCACCGAAGAAGAAAGUUCAUCUCCCGAACAAACCCACCCAACCCAGCCACUAAUAACUCCACCUACUAAUAAAAAUAAAUUGCAGAAGAGAGGAAGAGAAAGUGACAGGGGGGACAGGUUUAGGGUAGCCUAUAGAGGGGAUGUAGGCGGGACCAAGAGAGAGGGGAAGUACAGGAAUGAUGCAUUGGGGUUGAUAAGUGGGUAUGAUAAGUGUAAGAUGGAUAAAUGAAUGGAUGAGAAGAAAGAGACCCAACUUUCUGAGAAAUUGUUGAGAAAAGAUAUUAAAAAGGCAAAUGUAUCUGUUGAAAUUAAAAAUGAUCUGAUUGAAGAUAAGAAUGGACUUUCAGAGAGGCUGGCAACUCUUGAUAGGCUCAAGAAGAAUCCUUAUGCUAAAUAAGUUGCUCAAUUUCAAACUUUUUGAAGAACGCAAGGGUUCUUACACAAAGUCAAAGCUAAACUUUACUGAUUGGGAUGUCUCUCAUGAUUCUAAAAAUGAUCAAAUGAGUAACAAUAGAAAGCCAAUACUUGGUGGUAAAACAAUUAAAAAGUUAAAUGAAGGGUUCCAAAAAUGAGCUCCAAGAGUUGUGUUCUCUAAAACACCUCACAGAGAACGCAAAACCACGAAUUCACUUAACUCAUCACUUUCAAUGCUAAGCUCAAUCUCCCAACCAAAGAAGUUAAAAAAUCUGAAAGGCUUCAGUCCUAUCAGGCCGAUUCCCAAAAAGGGUAUGAACACGUUGACAAGGAUGUUUAUUCAUAAGAAGAAGUAGUCUGAUUGGUCAUCAACUCAAUAUCAACAUUA